ACUGAAUCCAGGCUCGCACUGUUGCAAAAGUGCAAUUGCCUUUGCUCCUGCGGGCCCUCUUCGUCAGACCUGCUGCUCCGGAUUGCAAGUGUACGUGCGUGUGGUUCCCCCAGGAGUAUUGCAGGCUCUUCCAGUACUACGGCGGCGUUUCCAAGCGGCGAAGGGCGACGCUCGGAGCGAGCCGCCCUGCUGCCGCGCCUGCUUCGACCCGAUGCUCGACUACCUGAUGACGGUGACCACCGCCACCCGGACGCUCACGAGCGAGCGUGUCGUGUUCCACUACAUGCACCACCACGCGCCCAGCCUCCCCGCCCUCAAGGACGAGGGCAAGCUCCUGGUGUACGACCACGACUCCAACGAGCACCGGCCCCUGCCGCUGCAGGCCGUCCACGAGCAGCUGCGCGAGCCGGCCGUCUACGCGUUCGACUGCCCGCACGCCGGCCGGCUCGUGCGCUCGCUGGACGAGCUGGUCCCGGCGUGGCAGGACGUGAUCGCCUUGGGCACCUGUGGGGCAUCGGAGGGGCUGCCCUGGGGCAAGCUGGGGCUACCGGCGGACCUCUUCACCUCCUCUCGCUCUCCUUCGGUCCUCGCCCCCGUCAAGACAGCCCUCAGCUUCUACCGCGUGCGGGGCAGGGCCGUGUCCCCGGCGGCCCUGGACGCCGUGCGCCUGGUCACGGGCCGGCCACAGGACCGCGGCACCUCGCUCGGGGAGCUGAACUCCGUCCUCACGGCGGUCACCGACGCCAUCGCGUGGAGCGCCUUAGCGCCCAGCGUCUUCUGGCGCCUCUUCCGCGAGGACGGCGCCCUGGCGGAGCUCUGCCGCAACUUCCUGCUGGCGGCGCGCAUCCUCCACUCCUUCGGGCUGCAGGCCUCCUCGCGGCCCCCGCUGCCGCCGACGCACGGGCACCACCUGUGGGAGGUCUGGGACUCCACCCUCGAGCUCUUCCUGGUGCGCCUGGGGCGGGCCCAGUGCCCCUCGCCGCAGCGCCCCCUCGCGGCCGCGGGCGGCCCGCCGGAGGAGCACCGGCGGGCGGCCUUCUUCGACGAGCAGAUGGUCGCCUUCUCCGUGUGGCUGCGCUUCCACGGCGUGGGCCACGAGGAGGGCGCCGAGGGCGCGCCCGAGCGGGCCCCGGAGCCGCCCGCGGAGCUGCCGGUGCUGCUGCAGGGGCUGCUGCACCCGAGCUGCAGGCUGCAGGCGCUGCUGCUGCUGGGCUGCUUCGUGGACCUGGGGCCGUGGGCGGUGCGCCAGGCGCUGAUGGUGGGCGUGCGGCCCUACCUCACCAAGCUGCUGCAGCAGGACGACGCGGACUCCGCCCCGGAGCUGGAGGCCACGCUGGCGGUCUGGGCGAAGAUCCUGGCCACGUGCGGCGAGGGCCCCCCGGGCAACCGGACCUUCGCGCACUUCCUCCGCCUGGUGCGCUCCGAGCGGCUGUCCUGCUACCACAGGAACGGCUCCCCCUCCUCCUCCUCCUCCUCC